AUGGCGAAUGGUGUCCAGGGAGCGAGGAGAGUGCAGCGCUGCGCUUCACACUCUGACUCGUACGGUACGGUCAGUGAUGCGCGACGUGAGCCAGCAGCUCUGGCGCACGCCUGCUCCUUCCUGUGUGCGGACGGUGUCGCCUGCUCCAGCGACGGGCCAGUUCUGAAGGUCGUCCGUGUCAACAAAGUGUUUGGUGUGAGCUGGACGCAGUGGUCGUCUGCUGCCACUGUAAUCACCGAAUUUGCUAACAGCUCGUCACAGCGGGAGCUGUGGACGCCGCUGAACGUGAUCCUGUUCAACCUGGUGUGCUCGGACUUCAGCGUGGCGCUGCUGGGCAACCCGCUGACGCUGGCGGCGGCCGUGGCGCACCGCUGGAUCUUCGGCAGGACGAUGUGCGUCAUCUACGGUUUCUUCAUGUCCCUCUUGGGCAUCUCGAGCAUCGCGACGCUGACGGUGCUGGCGUUCGAGCGCUACGUGAUGAUCUCGAGGCCGUUCCAGGCGCGCCGACUGUCGCGGCGCGGCGCCGCAAUGCUGGUGGCAGCCAUCUGGCUAUACUCGCUGCUGCUGACGGCGCCGCCGCUGCUCGGCUGGGGCGACUACGUGCACGAGGCGGCCAACAUCAGCUGCUCGGUGAACUGGGAGAGCCGCACGCUGGGCGCCACCUCCUACAUCGUCUUCCUGUUCGCCAUGGGGCUCGUCGUGCCGGUCGCCGUCAUCAGCUUCUCCUACCUCAACAUCGUCCGCACCCUUAAGAAGAACACCCUGCGGUCGGGCCGGGCGACGCGAGCCGAGUCCCGCGUGGCGCUGAUGGUGGCCGUCAUGAUCGCCGCCUUCCUGCUCGCCUGGACGCCCUACUCGGCGCUGGCGCUGCUCAUCGCCUUCGGCGACCACCGGCUCGUGAGCCCCGGGCUGGCCGUGGUGCCGGCGCUCGUCGCCAAGUCCUCCAUCUGCUACAACCCGCUCAUCUACGUCGGCCUCAACACGCAGUUCCGGUCCGCUUGGCGGCGGCUGCUGGGGGAGCGCGCGCCCGCGCCGGGGGCGCCGUCGGCCGAGGCGGGCCAGGAGGUGACGUUCGUCAGCCCGACGCGCGGCUGCUCGCACAGCGGGCUGGCCGCCGCGGGCGUCGGCGCCACCACGACGCUGCUGGCCGUGUCGGCCGCCGCCUCCUCCACGCUGCUGCUGCACCAGGACGCGCUCGCCCAGCACCACCUGCUCCUCCACCAGCAGAAGGCCGCCGCCGCCGCCGCCGCCGCCUCCGGCCUGCCGCUGCCGCCGCCGCCCGCCGCGGCCAGCCACGUCCACGCCAGGGCCGAGUCCGGCAAGGUGUCCAGUGAGGCCGCACCCGGUGCAGCCGACACGUCCAGGCCUGGAGGCCAGAGCAGCAGCAACCGGAGCACCAGCAGCAGCGGCAGCAGCAACGCCGACACCCUGCUGCUGGCCCCCGGGUGCUCCGUCCACCCUCUGCAGGAGGGCCCACCCUCCAAGGCGAAGCGACCCACCGUGAAGCGCAAGUGGUCGGCCGCCGUCAUCUUCGAGAAGGGUACAGCCUCGAAGGGACCGCCUGACGCCCCCACAGGCGCACCACCACCACCGCCGUCAUCAGCUGACAGCCAGGCUAAUGCUUCGGAUCAGAGUGCGAGCCCGACUCACUCCGAGGAGUCCACUGCCAGAGUCACAUCGAUUGGCAACAAUCCACUGCCAGGGGUCCAGUCUUCGAGGAUUGACGAGAGCGGAAGCGGAAGGCUCCAAAAGCGUCCCAGCCUUGUCACAGAGGACGCCGACCACCAGCAGGCACAGACAGGGGCGAGUCCGUCGAAGACUGCGUCAGAUAAUGAAGCUAAACACUGCAGUCCAAGUUCGACCUCUCGAGGCUGUAGCGAGUGUGACUCGGAAGGUUUACACCCUCCACUGGGCCAAAACGUCGAUCUAUUCCGAAGUGCUCUGGAGUGUUCUGACAACUCUCCCGGUGAAGCUGUAGAUUCUGUCGAAGGCACACCCAGUGCUGCAAACGCAGCGGAAGAGAGACGCUGUAGAGGCCGUCUUGCCAGUGACAGUAGUGUGACGGACACUCCAAAAAAGGUCAGCGCCAGUGGAGAGGAGUCGGACGGCGGGCUCCCGGGGCGCACAGUGCUGGAGCCCAGCGGCCAGCAGGGCGGCAGCACGUGGAGCCUGCGGGGGCCCGCGGAGAGCGGCGGCCCGCCCGCAGAGCCCGCCGUGUCCGCGCUCGUGCUGUCCGCCUCCAGGUGCGCUAGUCGCGCCGUGCUGGCGGCCGCGUCCUUCCGCGACAACAACAACAGCCGCGACGUGCCCAGCCGCUACACACCUGACGAGCCCCGCGGCCUCAAGGACCUCCAGAAGGGCGACAACGCUGACGCCGUUACCGCCUUCGUGGGAGCGCUGCGCCACAGGGAUGCCGUGGCCCCGGCCUCCGAUGCAGAAGCCAUGGAACUUCACGAGUUGGUAGUCUCCGCCAAACGAGAAUGACAAGAAGGUCCACUACUUAUCACUUCCACCCUCCACCUUGCACUAGCUUUUAUGCAGACGAGCUAUGUACAAUUGUCCUCCUCCUACCGACCAAUAAUUACAAUGAAAGACUGCAGAAAUUUCUACAGACAGCAGGAGUAAUACCGUUUGUGACGAUCCCAGCUGUACCUGCGCUCUCAUUUGGGAGAACGGCAGCUUAGCUCACCGUCCAGCCACUCAGAAUUCUGUGAUAUACCUACAUCGUUUAAUGUGAAAUCUGGGAUGGUUUCUUUGAUAGGACAUCGAGGACUUCCUUCCAUAAUCUGAACCUGUGCUCCAUCUGCAAUGAUCACGUCAUCGAUGGGAUUUUAAACCCUAAUUUUCCUUUCCCAGGUGUUCCGAGGUUUACUUCAAUGACAAAACGAACGAAUCGUAUGCUCUGUCCCUCCCAACUGCAGAAAUAUGUAAAGAUACCGUGCAAAGGGCGCUGACCCUGCCUGAUACCUGUCUAACGGGAGGGUUGUCACGGAUUUCAUUUCUUCCCGUCAGAGCAGCUGCACGUUGCGCGUCUAGCAGCCGUCCGAAGGCGUAGCUGCUUCUCACGGCCUCACUCGAGAGUUGGUGUCUCGCAUCUGGAAGUCACCGAGUUACUGUGCUCCAACACGAGUUAAACGUUUCAGUGAAAUGACAACAUAAAUGCCAUAAGCUAUAACGUCGUCCUUCCAAGUCAGUAACUGAUACAAUUAAAUGGAACGAGUAUUGAAAUUAAGUUAUCUGACAGUAGGGCAUCCUGUACAUUUGAACAAAUUACAGUUAACACUGCCUGCAACCAGGCUGUGUAUAAGUAAAACUCUCAAGAAGAUGAAUUUGAAAGGUACUUGGGAGCAACCAUUUCAACACGGAAAUCUACAAUCACACGACUACAAUACGUGCACAUGAUGAGACUAACUGUUUGUGUAGGCUUCUGUAUAAAUAUGUUUUACGUUAGCGCAACGCCACAACUUAGCAGUUAAGACGUUUCAGUGUAUGCACAGUGGAAACGACAGGUAGCAGACGACACUGCUUUGGAACGUCACUGACCUUGCGACGAACAUUAGCCAUCGUUAAGUGCUUAACGAUAACCGUACCCGAAAACUUACUAAUGUCGUCUGCACAGUAGUCUCUUGUAUUAUAAUGUACAUAUGUAACAAACUCUGAGGCAUUUUCAUGUAUCUGCAUGGGACAGUUAGUUUGAAUCUCAGAUCUGCAAGUGAAACAAUCACCGUCUGGAGCAGUUUCAACUGAAAAACUGUCAGUCGCCAGCACUCCCAGAGCUGGGUAGGAACGAGCAGCAGUGUGAAAGCGCUGCAGAGCGAGGUCGGCCUCACACGCAGAUGUGAAAUUUCAGUACGAAGAGCGGUAAGGACCAGACGAGUGGUCUGGAAAGAAACUGCGUUGUAACCACUCCUAACGUCCGAUCCAAACGGGAAACAUGAAAAUUCGACGUAAUGUCAGAUUUAUAUACUUGGACGUGAAAUACAAGAAAUUAUUUGAAACAGAUUUUCCCCAAAGUACUCUCAGUUUUAACAGAUCGACAGUGCUCUCAGGAACUGGCCUGUGCAAAACAGGCAGUUUGAUGAUCUUAUAGUUCCAAAGGUGAUGGAAGUUAAUGGAGACAAGGACUUCACUGGACUUCAAAUUCAUAUGCUGUCGGCUCCAGAUCCAAACACCUCCCUCUGCAGGCACCUUUCUUCGAAUCUCGGGCCAUCUGAUCGGCAGUCUAGUUGCGUGGGUCAGAUGAUGCGUACUCUGGCGUGGUGAUGCACGGGAACCAAUCACAUGAGGAAAUCAUAUUAAUGGCGUGUUUUCAGGUACUCAGACGAACUGUUGAUUCCUUUAUCAUUCACGAAACAUCUCGGCUGAACACCCUAAAAUACGCCAAUGAUUACACCGGGCAUUCCUGAGAGAUCGAACGAGAUGAUAUUUACUGCGGAUGAAGGUCGAUUCUCUCAUCUUUGUAACGUUGACAGUAAAAAUAAAAAUACUGAUAAUAACAAUUAAUAAUAAUAAUAUUUUCCGGUUCCAGUUUGGAAUACUUCCUGAACUACAUACCAAUAAGUCAAACACAAUUUGAACUACAUUGACACCUGCAUGUGAAAGAUAUGUAGUAUGAAGGAUUGUCAACUCAUUUUGGGAAAUUCGUAUGAGGUGUACCUAGGACGAGUUUUACAUGUCAAACGUAGAUGUUAGAUCAACACCGCGCUCGUUUUGGGCAGUGUGUCUAAAAAUUAGAGUCUCAGCAGCCUUUAGGAACGAGUAUGUGGGUGUGAAAGAGGCGAUAUUUGAAAGCAUCGCACAUCUGUAAGGGAACCAGGUGCAGACUGAAAAGCUAUCACAGUGGUUUUUUAAGCAGAAAGUGAAGAAGGAACACCUGAUUCCAUAGUCCCGUUCAGCGCUUCGUUUGCAUGCAAAUUUAGUCAAGAAUCACAUAAGGAACGUAUCAGUGAGAUCAUCUCGCAAAAGAAUUCCCCUUUUUCCCAAGAUGGAAGUCAUCGUGCAAUCUGCUUUGGCACUGCACUAUAAUUAUUUCUGUUGUGUUGUAUGUCUUUUGCUAGAUAACAUAUGAACCUAGAAACACUUUUGUCUUUGUAAUAGAAAGAUGAUAUUAACAUAGCACUCUAUUCCCAAUUCACUGUCAACACUUACAGGCGCUUGUAUGAUAUAAGACUGAUCGGAAUACUUAUAGUGAAUACUGUCUGUUCUUUCUCCUCUGCCAUAAACUUACUGUACUUCUUAAACUUCAUCCACGUUUAUUACUUCAUAUUCUAUAAAUUUAAACAUUCCUUAUUGUUAAAAGGCCUCUCAUUUUCUAAUGCCAGCUAUAGUGCAAACACUCUUAUUGUCAACAAUGUUUUACCUUUAUACAUCAUUUGCAUGCCAUUGUGCUGAGAAAUGCACAGUAGCGUAAUUUAUUACUCUGUAAAAUCAUGUCCUACAAAUACUGUUGUACUUCAGACUGGUUCAAUACGUAACUAUUCAUUAUAUUUUAGAACUAAUUUAGGACUUGAUUACCCUAUGCAAGUAAUUACUAAACUAUCAUAAAUGUCAACAGAAAUAGAGACGUUAAUGAACAUAUCUUCUACUGAAUAUAUUUUAUUUUCAAAUUAUAUUAUCCAGGUAGAAAUUUAAUAAAGUGGGGCAACACCCUCGCUACUUCAUUCUAAUAUUUCAUAAAAAUUAUUUCUGUAAGUAAUUUCACUUAUGAUAUACGUGCCAAUGUCUAUAUCCACCAUAAUAAUAUGUAAUAAUCCUUCAAAGUAUCCUGUGUAAUGUAAUAACGAAAUAUUUGUCUUUUCUGUAACUGUGGGCUGUGAUAAUAAGGGAAGCACUGAUAUAGCAUAUAUGAAUAUAUAGAAUAGAUCACACACGUAGCUUCUCUGUCAACAUCCCAGACAGAUGACGAUAUUGUAAUACACAACAAUAAGUUUCUGCCUCGCCAGUAAGUGCACAGGAAUUUAUGCCUGUCUGAAGUGCCACUACUCAACACUGAAAUUCCUUCGUGUAAUAUUUGCGUACUCUGUAGGAAUCCUUGUGAUCUUUGUCCGAAUUAUCAGUGCAAUAAACUCUAAGAGGUGUGUACAGUCCGAAUUAAAAACGAAGAAAUGUGUGUAAAUUUUGCGCACAACAGCAUUUCCGUACCCCUAAAGUGUACAUUCAUUGAAUUAUCCAUUUUUACAUAUUUUCUAUAGAUGGGAGUUAUAUUUUGGAAAAGACUUUGCGAAGUGCUUAGUAAAGUAAAAAUCAAAAGUUCGUCAUAUUCGUCAAAUUACAGUUUUCAACGAUUUUGUACUUUUACAGACUUAACGAUUUUCAUCAUGCUAACUAGUAACAAAAACAAAAGAAAUUAUUGUACUCCGAAGAAAACAUGCCAAAGAUUAGAUUUUACUGCAACGCUUUCGCAGUUAUAUUUCUUAUCCUCCAAUGAAGAAUUUGACGAGCUUUUAUCAAGAGUCGUGUGAAAUAUAGCUCAAAAGAUGUGUUGUACGGUAUUUUUUCCACUGAAGUGAUACUAUAUUGCAAUGAUGAUAUUUUAGAAAACUAUGUAUUUUAUGUACUUUUCCAGUGAAAUGUAAUUUAUUUCCUGAAGUUGGUGAUCCAAUUAUAUAUAUAGUCAUAUCCUACUCUUUAUCCCUGUACAUGUCUUUCGUAUGGUAGAUCUACCAGUGUGUUCGUGGUGAACAUUAUCUACGCCAUUAUACAUCUGCUUGUAGAAGAAAUCUUUACAACAGAUGCAUACAUUCGCCCACCUUGUAAAAUGCAACUUUUCUUGGAAUGUAAAUGGAUUCAAAUAAAUUAUUUUGGAAAAA